GGCCACCCCCUCAGCUGCGCGUCCGGCCCCGUGUAGCCGGGCGGGAGGGAGGGGGAUGCGCCCAGACCCGGCGCGGGGAGGCGGCGGCGGGUCUGUGCGAGGGUGGCAGCGGCGCAGGGCAGCGCAGGCCCCCGCGGUUGUUGCUGGCAGUGAAAGACUUCCUCUCAAAGCUGUUUAAAUGAGAAUGUCCCUGGCGCAAAGAGUACUACUGACAUGGCUCUUUACGUUGCUCUUCCUGAUCAUGCUGGUGCUGAAGUUGGAUGAGAAAGCACCAUGGAACUGGUUCCUCAUUUUUAUUCCAGUCUGGAUAUUUGAUACUAUUCUUCUAGUUAUGUUAAUUGUAAAAAUGGCUGGACGUUGCAAGUCUGGCUUUGACCCUCGCAAUGGCUCCCAAAACAUCAAGAAAAAAGCCUGGUAUCUCAUUGCAAUGCUACUUAAAUUAGCCUUCUGCCUUGCCCUCUGUGCUAAACUGCAGCGAUUUACUACAAUGAAACUUGCCUACGUAUUUAUCCCUUUAUGGGCCUUGCUUAUUGGGGGUAUGGUUGAACUUGGAUACAACAUCUUCUAUGUACGAAGAGACUAAGCUAUCCUAUGUGGUCUUCAACACUGGGAUUGGUACCAAAUUACUGGAUUAUUAUUGCUUUGCCACAAACUUGAUCUCCAAAUUAGAACACCAAGUAAGAAAGCUGGAGACUUUAUGUAAACCAGGCUGAAGACUGAAAGUAGACUUGUUCCAUUUUUUUUAUUUUAAAAUUGUCACAUAUGCUCUUGUAAAUAAAAGUAUUUGUUCAACAUAAGGUGUUCUAAUACGAUGAUGAUUGUUCUCUGUUACAUGGAGUAAGAUACAGGCUCUUCACAUGCAGGUAGAAGAUCUUUUCA